AUGGACACUUCUGUAUUUGCAGAAACUGAUGAAGAAAAGCAAAAUAAUCUUGAAGAAGUGAAAGGAAAAGAAACCGUUGAUCCCAGGCUCAGCAGGAGACCGCUGAGAGAGGACAAGCGUGAAGUCCCCCAGGAGUCACUGGAUGGAUGUUGCUGGACUCCUUCCAUCCUUUCUGACCUACCUCACUCCAAUCGCCCUUAUUGGAGCACUUCGUACUGUUUUGAAGACAAGCAAGUCAGCUUGGCUCUUGUAGACAAAAUUGAAAAGGAUCAAGAGGAGCUAGAAGAUCAAGACCCACCGUGCCCCAGGUUGAUCCAGGAGCUGCCAGAGGUGGAGGAGCAGGAAAUCCCAGAGGUCUCUGUGGAUGAAGUUUACUUGACUCCUUCAGUUCACUGUGACCUGUCUGACUGCCACCAGCCUUAUAGCAGCACCUUGUCCUCAUUGGAGAGUCAACUUGCCUGUUCUGCUCUGGAUAUAGCCUGUGAGUACCCCAACCUGGAGGUCACAAAGCUCUGCUAUCCUCCCAGGCAGCCUCUAUAUGUUUUGUUUCCUGCAACUUAUGCAACUGAGACAGACCACCUCUGUGGGAAGGCCGUAUCCCCUGAGCGUGUUUUGAAGAUUGUUUGUAAGCCCUCCCUGGGGAUGAAGAACCCUCCCCAGCUGGAAGAUGAUGCACUUGAAGGUUCAGCAGACAACUCGCAAGGGUGUCAAGUCAUUGGCCAGAUUCAUGCCUCCAGUGUCCUGAAACCGAAGAUCAUCAAAAGAAAACUCCCGUUCAGCAAGUGGAGACUGGCAUUCAGAUUCCCUUGCCUGCAAGCUUAGGGUGCAGAGAUACCAAAUACUGCUGGAAGAAUGUAAAGGAUGAAAGGAUGUCACAAAAAAAUUGCUUUUCCACUUGAUGAAAACAACUAAAACAGCAAAGCAAGUUCAAGUUCAAAGAUAAUACUGCAGGGGUCCUUCACUGAGGAUUGAAUUUUAGACACAGAAUACUCUGGAUGAUUUCAACCCACUACGCUCCUUUGAUUUGAGAAGCCACAGUCCAUUCCCCUCCAAUUGUGAUCAAUACCUAGGGAGAGCAAUGCCCAGAUGGACAGACAGCAUUGACAGGCCUUAGCCCUGCUCCUCUCAAUUCCCAUUGUGUAGAGAACAGGAGUUGGGAGCUGCUGGCAGGAGACAGCAUGUCAGCCGGGACUCUGCCAGGGCAGAGUAUGAACAAUGCCAUGUUCUUGCUGAAAACGCUUAGCCUGAGUUUCAUAGGAGGUAAUCCUCAGACAACUGCAGAAUGUAGAACAUUGAACAGGACAACUGACCUGUCUCCUUCAAACAGUCCAUGUCACCACCAAGAACACAACAAAAAGGAGAAGAGACAUUUUGGGUUCAAAAAGACUAAAAAGACUAUGUAGCUUAUGCUUUUUUUACUCAUUUUGAACCCAAAACAUCUCCUCAUCUUCUUCUUGUUGUCACUGAUGGUGGUGACAUGGACUUGUUUGUAGAGGACAGCUCAGCUGUCUGGUUCGAUGGUCUACAUUCUGAAGUUAUCUGAAAAUGGCCUCAUGAUUAAAUUCAGUGUAAACAUUUUGCCAGGAACACUGCAGAGUCCAUGCUGUGAGCUUCCUGCCUCAGUCCAUCUACAGGCAGAGAAGGCCCAGUGUGUCCAUCCCCAUUGUGGUGAUACUAGGAUCGUCACUUGGCUAAGUAGGGGUCUAGCAGUUCUGUGCCUUGUAAAGACACCGUAUUUAUAAUUAAUUUGGAAAGUGGUUUGAAAUAGUAUCAAUAUCCUAUAUUCUAACGAUCUUCCUCUGAGUAUUUUAGCAUCAAUUAAUCACCCCUGCCUGUGUCAGUUAUUAUAUUUAUGUUUAUACUUUGAAAGUUUUUUAUCUCAAAAUCUUACUUUAUACUUGCUUUUGCUGGCAUUCUUCAUAAAAAAAUUCCCUGCCUGAAUUUUAACUGUCAUCCAAAAUUAAUUUUAAUUUCUUUUUGCUGGCAUUCUGUUGUGAAAAAUAAUAUUCUCUGCCCCAAUUUUAACUUGCAUCCAAAAUUAAUUUUAGUCCAUCGGUAGAAUGUUUAAGUUUUAAAUCUGUUUAAUUAAA